AAUGUUCAGUUUACAAGAAUUAAUUCUACGUUCAAUCGAUUUUGAUGGAAGUAAAGGGUUAGGGAAAUAUUUUAAAAACGAUAAAACUAUUCCUCACGGCCUAGCCGAAGAAAUUUUACAAUAUUUCAAUAAUAAACAUAUUGGUGUGUCUAAGGAACAUUUGAAAUAUUUCACAUUUGAAAAGACUACUUUAACUUGCAUUAAACUGAACGGAUGUAGAAUUUACGAUGAAUUGUCUUUUAUCAAUUUCGUCAAAAAUCAUCCAUUAAAAGUAAUUGAAAUGAAUAAUUUGAAAAUCGAUUUAAAACAAUGGAUUGGAAAUAUUAAUACCAGUUUUCUUGAGGAAUUAACAAUAUCUAAUUGUAGAUUAUAUAGAGAAAGUUAUAAUUUUCAAUAUUCCGAUAUACUUGAACGGAUUGAAGAUUUGCAGAAUUUCAAAAAUCUCUUAAAAUUGGACGUUAGCUAUACUCUAUUCACAAAUGAAUGUUUAUUGUUCAUUUCCAAUGAAUUAUCCCAAUUAGAGAAUUUGGAUAUUUCGUAUACUCUUGUCGAUACAAUACAUCCAAUUAAAAAACUUGAAAGCUUAACAAAUUUUACAUUCAUUUCUCAAAAAGAAUCGUGGAAAUUUGAUGAAAUUCAAUAUUUAAAAGAGUUUGAACAUCUGAAAGAAAUAUCUGUUGGUAAUAAUCAUUCAAUUCACAAUUGCCGAUUGUGUAAAUGGUUUGAAAAUUUCUUGGAUAACAAUCAAUUCAAAGCGUUGGAAUCAUUGGUAAUUGGUGAAAUUCAACACGUUGAAAUUGCCGUAUUAAGUAAAUUCAUUAAAAAUCAUGAAAGAUUGAAAUAUUUCGCCAUCGAUUUAGACGUUAGAGAAAAUAAUUUGGCGGAUUUAAUGGAAAAUCGUCUAAACGUUAUCUAUCCUUUAAGAAUUACACUAAAAGACGACAGAUAUUUCCAAUUGUUCUUCCCUAAAAGUUCAAAUAUAGUAUUUAAAAGAUUCUACGAUCUUGCAAUAAAGAGUUUGGAAUUGUUGAAAAAGGAAAUAAAUGAAUGUCGAGAGAUCGAUAAGAGAAGAAUGUAUAUGAUGAGGUUGGACAUUGAAAGAUUGUGGCAGGUAAUGUAUACAAUAUAG